ACAAACCGAUUUUCCAAUAGGAUUCAAAGAAAGUGCCAGAGAAAAAGGUUGAAAAGAAGACCGAGAAGAAGACCGAAAAAAAAGCGAGAAAGGAGCCAAAGGAUGCAUCCAAGAAUGUAAUGCGUGAAGUUCGCAUCCGUAAACUUUGUUUAAAUAUUUGUGUUGGUGAAUCCGGUGACAGACUCACUCGUGCUGCAAAGGUGUUAGAACAGUUAACUGGACAGCAACCUGUAUUUUCCAAAGCAAGAUAUACUGUUCGUUCUUUUGGUAUCCGCCGUAACGAAAAAAUUGCAGUGCAUUGUACAGUACGAGGUGCCAAAGCAGAAGAAAUUCUAGAACGUGGACUGAAGGUUCGAGAAUAUGAAUUAAGGAAAGAAAAUUUCUCUGGUACUGGAAACUUUGGGUUUGGUAUUCAAGAACACAUUGACUUAGGAAUUAAAUAUGAUCCUAGCAUUGGUAUUUAUGGUCUGGAUUUCUAUGUUGUACUUGGACGACCAGGUUUUAAUGUAGCUCACAGGAGAAGGAAAACUGGAAAAGUCGGUUUCCAACAUAGACUUACCAAAGAAGAUGCAAUGAAAUGGUUCCAACAAAAGUAUGAUGGUAUUAUUAUAGCAGGAAAGAAGUAAUAUACAUAUUUUGUAUUU